GAGAGAUGCCCAACUCGGCGGAAAAUCUGUCACCCUCACCAGCUGGCGAUUUUUCCUUGUUUCGCCUACAAAGCAAUACGUUUUUGUAUGGCGGUCAAUGAGAGUGUCAGAUUUUGUCAACUAAAUUAAUAGCUAAUUUGCUACGUAAGGUUUUUGAUCGAAUAUACGUGUCGUAAUGCUUAAGUUCUUACGUGUACAAUUUAAGUAGUACAAUUUUGUAUGAUGUCUUUUUAUUUUGUACAAUGGCUAUUUUUCCACCCUUACCACCCUACAGUAGGUGUCGGCAUGCACCUCUAACGCUUGUUUGCGGACCGUCAUAAUACCAUAGAAGAAGAAGAAGAAGAAGAAGAAGAAGAAGAAGAAGAAGAAGAAGAAGAAGAAGAAGAAGAAGAAGAAGAAGAAGAAGAAGAAGAAGGAUAGGCGGAAGCUAGACAGACCGCGGUGCCGCUUUGUGGACAACGAGUCCAAUUGUAGGGCGCAGAGACGUGUAUCUUGUCAGUAUAUCCAUAGUCUUUGGUCAAACACAAAACCGGUUUCUCUCUCCUGAAAUAAGGACAUCUGUCCUUGAGGUGGAUAGAUACAAGUAUCGGGUGACAUUAGUAGCAUAUUCGGGAUUGGAUGCUGUCAUUAAUGGUUAAAACACAUCUCAUCAGACAGUGUCUGUUCACUGCAGAGAGAGAGAGAGAGCGAAAGUGAGAGUGAGUGAGGGAGGUGGUAUGUGUGUCAUCUCAUGAGCUCGAUAGAGCCUCCCACCGGCGACUGCAUAUAUACAGUGAGAGCAGCGGCCGUCGGCCGUACAGAGGAGCGAUUGGGAGAUAUAGAGAUACAUCGUACCGAGUGUGCCGGCUCUGGCCCUGGCUACAGCCAUGCCUCUUCUGGAAGAGACCACUGUGCCUCGAGAGCAUCCCCCCACACUGCCUGUGGUCAUCAUAGGUAACGGGCCAUCAGGUAUCUGCCUGUCCUACCUGCUGAGUGGCUACAAGCCCUACCUGGACCCUUCAGCUGUUCACCCAAACCCUGUUCUGUACAGGAAGUUACAGGAGACCAGACACCUGCCCAUCACUGAACAGGAUCUGGAGUAUCUGAGUGAAGGUCUGGAGGGGCGGUCAGGAAACCCUGUAGCGGUGCUGUUUGACACCCUGCUGCACCCCAAUGCUGAUUUUGGCUACGAGUUUCCCCCUGUGCUACAGUGGAGAAGAGACACGCAGCAGCACCUCCCUCACCUGGUGCUGGGCAGGGCUACGCCUGGAGGGGCCUGGCACGUGAUGGAGGGCUCCAUGCUGACCAUCAGUCUGGGCAUCUGGAUGGAACUGCCAGGGAUCAACUACCGAGACCUGACUAACAAUGGCAAAUGCAGGGGCGUGACCAACGACCGGGCCACUCCAGAGGAGAUCUCGUCUUACUACCGUAACUACGUCAAGCUGAUGGGCCUGAAGCAGAACUUUGUUGACAACACCUACGUGACCUCUGUGCAGAAACUUUUCCGUGGACACGAGGGGGAGGGUCUAAAGAAUGGUCAUGGAGGUUUGGGGGAGGAGGGAAAGGGGGUGUACGAGGGGAGGGAGGGUGAGGGUGUAGACGAAGGGGGAGGUGGCCUGUGGGAGGUGAGGGGGUACCAGCGGGUGCAGGGCGACACCCACGUUCCUUUCUGCCUGUUUUCGGAGAAUGUAGUUCUGGCCACGGGUGCGUCUGAUUCGCCAGCUCAGCUGGGUGUAGAGGGGGAGGAGCUUCCCUUCGUGUUCCACAGCAUCUCUGCCCUGGGAUUGGCUGUGAGCCGGAAGAAGCUUGGGCCAAACUCUGAUCCGGUGCUGAUCGUGGGGGCGGGGUUAAGCGCGGCGGAUGCAGUUUUGUGCGCUUGUAACAACAACAUUUCCGUGCUGCAUGCCUUCCGCAAACACGUAGACGACCCAGGCCUCAUCUUUAAACAGCUACCCAAGACCCUCUACCCAGAAUACCACAAGGUCUACCACAUGAUGCACUCCCAGACCCACGCAACACCAAACAUGGCUGCCACCUCCACCACCAAUGGCCUUCCCAGCAUGGCCGCCUCAGUCUGCUCCAAGAUGUGCUCCAAGCCCCAACCCACCACAACUAACAUGGCCACCAGUGCUGGUCCCGUUCUGUUCCCUGACUACACCAGCUUCCCAGAGCACUGCGUGGUGUCCUUCCAGCCAGACAUGAAGUGUGUCCUGCAGGGGAGCAACUCCCUCAAGGCCUUUAAGAUCUCCAUGGCCCUGGUGUUGAUCGGCACCCACCCCAACCUGUUCUUCCUCAAGGGCCAGGGCCAGUACCUGGGACUGGACCCCACCAAACCCAUCUCCUGCAAGCAGAACCCUGUGGAUGUGCACCCCUACACCUUCGAGUGCACCAAGGACCCAGGACUGUUCGCCAUGGGCCCGCUGGUGGGAGACAACUUUGUUCGCUUCCUAAAGGGCGGUGCUCUAGGCAUUGCCUCCUGCCUGCUCAAGAGACUGAAGAAGAAAGGCAAGCUUAUCGCAGAAGGGGGAGGAGUAGGAGGAGGGGAGUUUAUCUAGGUGAAGUGUGGAUGGAAAGGAACGAGGUGGUGAAUGAGUUGGAAGGGAGAGGGAGAGAGGAGGAAGAGGCAUCUUUAUUUAAGCGAAAGGAGAAAGGAGAGGAAGGAGGUGGAGAAAGGGAGGAGAGGAAGGAGGAAGAGGAGGGGGUUCAUCUUAGUAAAAAUAGCUACUAUUACCAAUGGAGUUCUGAGUUAAAAGGGCAAAGCCAAGCAGUACGUUUUUAAUAUUUUAUUGUUUGCAGUGGACAUACCUAUUUGAACUCUGAAGCAUUCUUACCACUUCUGAGAGAACUGAAAACAAUGGAAGUGGAGGCAGGCUAGAGUUACAGUACAUGACCAGGUUCAGCCCACCACCUGUUACAGCUCCACUGUUCUGGUUUCUGCUGGGAAGCUGUCACAGGGUUUAAUGUCCUCUAUCCAGAAAUCCAAUCUGCAGUGUGACAAUGUUUUUUUAAGUCAUAUUUGUGACAUUUUGUAACGUCUUGAGUUUUUGUAAUUUGCUCACCUUGUCUUUCAAGCAAGUGCAUUUUCUGAUUUCUCAUCUACUUUAAACAAUUGUUCUACUAUUUAUCUGAUGGCCUUCACCAUGCAAUGGACUGUGAACCACUACAACUCCCCUUUAAAGCUUCAAGGAAAUGGAACUUUGUAGAGAUAGGCCCAUAGCUGCUAUAGUGUUUCUGCCAUCAUCUCAAUUCUGAGUUUCUCAUCAGUGCCAAGCUACAGACCCCAAGCUGUAUCUGGCAGACCAGGAUGUAAUGGGAACGUUGAAGUAAGAGAUGAAUCAACAACCCCAUCACCAUCCUAAUCAGACGAAGUACAACUAACUCACUAUGGUUGGAGCGCUCCUCUUAACGCUUUUCCUAUGCAAACCCUUCCACUCACACACCUGACCUGAAUGUAUUCUGGAUCAGAUAACUCAUUGCUAACUUACUGUACAUAUCAGCCUGAUUUCAACCAAUGGGGCACAAGAGUUCUCUAUUGAUGUUAGACCAUAACAAAAUGCCAAAUAGUGUUUUUUAGAGACACUGAAGUCAUGCAGAUGCGCGUGACUCUUGGCUGCAGUAAGAAAGCCAUCGCCACCUGCAUUCAUUCAACAUAGCCUGGAUUUACGAUAUUACUCUUAACAAAAUAACUUUUUGGGGUCUCAUACGCUUACCGUGGUGUUUUGAUUCUAGCUGGAACAGUCGCUAAGAUUAUAUUUGGUUGGUAUCUUUGAAAAAUUACUAUUUUGGAUGCAGCAGUUGUUAGCUAGAAUGCUAACGCUCAUUGACAUAGGCUGUAGCAAAAGCUAGCCAAAUAGCCAUUUUACUGGUUGAAGUUGAAGUGUUUUUUAAGUAUAAUGCAUAAUGCAGUUGAAGUAUAAAGUAUAAUACAGUUGAUUUGGGAUAACACAAACAGCAGGACAUUCAUACGAGCCUUAAAAUCCAAUUAUAAUCCAAAAGUAGUGUGAAAUGCACUCAUAAGUAACAUCUAAAUAUAGGCUUUUUUGCUGCCACCAAUUUGCAGCAAUGUUAACAAACACAGAAAGGGGUCUAUAAAAUACUACUAGUCGACGACUCCUGAUAAGUGUACAUUGGAUAAACGCGAACUGUUGGUGCAUUCAUUGACGUCCACCAGUCUGAAUACAAAACUGCUAGUCCAUUGCAUGUAUCAGGAGUUGACUAUCGCCUAUUGAAAUCAUAAUGACUAUGUUAAAUGCACAUUUUCUGGUUGCCAUUAUGGAGUAAAUAUUAUGCCCGUUGCUGAUUCCAGGUCCGUAUAGUGUUCUCUGUGACAUUUCUCAUACAAUGUCACUUUCACACAGCCAUCAUACACCUCAUGUGUCUGUUGUGCCAAAUACCUGUCACUGUAUGUAAAGCUGUGAGGACUGAGGGUAGAGUUUCAUUCAUCUAUUGAACCAGUCAGUCGCCUUUAGAAUGUGUGUAUUCAUAUGCAGUUUAUUUCCGCAUUCAGUCAUCCUCAAGACUGAAGCUGCUUGCAGAAAAGAAAAAACAAAACAAAUUGUGGAAUUGGGAUAAAAUAUAGGUUGUUGACAAGAUCAGCAAACUGAAAAUGUAUGGACAGUUCCUGGUCAAUAUGCUGUAUUCCAAACUAACCAUCCCUUAGGCACUACAUCCAGACCUGAAAAGAUGAAUCAGUGGAUAGGUGUAAAUGUAAGGUGGUGGUAGUCACUCAACCUUGCCCCCAGAUAGACCAUUGGCUUAUGGCUAAUUACACCUACAUGUCCAAUCUACACAGUAGGUGCCUUGAUGAGAAGGGUUAACUAGGGGUUGAUUAAUAAAAGGAAACAGCAGGUUCCCCAACCCCUGGGGUCUAACCAGGGUUUUCUACUACUGUCUUACAACAUAUAUCCCACGGUCUUUUCCUGUUCACAACAGACAGACAAGCUGCUUUGUGCGUGGUAGAGUUGAACUCCUCUCUUGUACAACUCAAAUGAGUUAAUGUUUUGUAUACUGUAUUUUUUAUUAUGAACAAAUAAAAAUCUUGAAACGUAA